UCCUUAUGGGCUCGGAGUGUAUUAGCGGUGAUAUACGACGAAGCACUACAUGUCAUGCAUAGGUACUAGGGCUCUGUCCGUGCUUCUUCUCCCAUUCCUUCUGCCAGUCCGCCAGUCCGCCAGCCCCGCCAUCGUAUCCGCCCACUCGUCCUCAGUCGCCACAACAUCCAGCCAGCGCGCCUGCUCUCCCCUCUCCUCGACGCGCGACCAGGCGCGGGAGAGCACAAGCGUCUCCUUAUACGCCAUCACGCGCCACGCCUCGACAUGCAGGAAAUGGUAUCCAGGAACAGACAGGAGCCUGGAGGUUGCUACCGGGACUGACGAGGACCGGCCUAAGAGGACGUCGCUUCAAAUUCCUCCAGUGACCCACCCAUCUACAGAAUCCCCGCUCUCUUUGACGCUCUCGUAGGGCGCAUCUCGAAGAUCAAAAUUCGCCAACCUGAUGAGCCGUCCUUGAGCACUAUAUCUAUCGAGUAUCUUCGGCGUUACUGCACACUCAUUCGCUGUCGGACAUUCCCUUGGUGCCCUCUUUCAAGACUACACCACGUCGAUCAAGGCCCGGAGAGCCCUUCAUCUUUCGCCCCGUGUGACCAGUCCGGCGGCGAGUUUGAUGGUGACCUGUGCCAUGAUGUCGGUCAGGUCAAAUGACGGCGGGGGCUCAAGCUUCGGCUUCGGGGAGGAUGCGCCAUUCCGACAGGCAUUGUUUGACUUGGCGCGCUCGACUUUUGCGUGCGCAUCCCUGCGCCUUCGGGUUCGAAUUGUAGGAUACCUUGUCGUUUACGAUGUGCUGGCAGCCUACCACUUCCCUCAUGCUGCCAUCCACCGUCCGCGUAUAUGGAGAGAAGGUUGUGUCGAGCGAGGUAAGAGAGAUGAA